CUGUUGCUUUGCUCUCCAUGUCCCAGCGCCCCCUCUGAGAUCCCAGGGAGCCACUGUGCUGGGAGAGCCAGAGGGUCCCGAGGAAGCCUGGAGGUAGAGGAGGCAGAAGAGGGAAAGUGACCAAGCUAGCCGCUCCAGUGAGGGACAGGAACCAAAGGGACGCCCCACGCCCCACGUCAGCCCCGGUUGGGCUCUGGAGACAGCCAACGCCUCUUGCUGUGCGGCGGCUUCGAAGCAGCCUCCCGGAGCUACCCUUUUCUCUUUGGUGAAGUUUUUAAAAGCUGCUAGAGAUUCGGAUGAAGUGAGGAAAUUACGGGGUAGGGCUUACGGUUGCCUUUGUCUUUCUCCUUUCCACCCCUUCACCCUUUUCUGGGUUUCCUCUCUUGCUGCUGCCUCUGCCUGCUCCCCUCUGCCCGCUCCCCCACUUCGGUUGGCCCAGCCCGGCCAGCCCGAGUUUGCAGAGAGGUAACUCCCUUUGGCUGUGAGCAGACGAGCUAGCUCUGCGCUGCAAAGAGGGCUCUGGCGAGUCAGGCAAUUUCAGAGACUCUACUGCACUGCAUCCAGGACCUGGCUACUUAGGCGGCACUCGGGGUGAGCCCCCAUUUGCCCCCAACAUCCUCUCCACCUCGCCCUGCAUGCCCUCCCCUCCCAUUCAGUUUUCAGGACCAAAGAUCAAAGGAUGAAAAGACAAUCAGGUCUUCAGUAGCCCAAAACAAAAACAAACAAAAAACAUUCAAACCUGAACAAAACCAAAGGGGUGGGGGGGAGGGAAAACCCACCCUGGUCCCUAUUUGCACCUGCUUCAGUGGACAUUUAAUCUGGAAGACGGAGUGUCCUCUUCUCGUCUCUUCUCUCGCUCUCCUUCUCGCUCUCCUUUCAAGAUUUGAGUAUUUUUUGAAUCUAUCCUCCAAGUAUUCAGGAAUAGACUGUGAGCCUACCAGGGCAGACCUUGUCCAACGCGUGUUUUCACUGAACAAGACUUUGAAGCUGUCAGGGAGAUUUUGUGUGAUCAUUCCUGCAAGUUUCUUUCCCAGGAGCUUCCCGCAGGUGGGCAGCUAGCUGCAGUGACUACCGCAUCACAGCCUGUUGAACUCUUCUCAGCAAGAGAAAGGGAAACGGCAAGGAAUUAGGUGGAAAAUUCAACCAAGCUCAAGGAUGGAGGUGCAGUUAGGGUUGGGGAGACUCUACCCACGGCCACCGUCUAAGACCUAUCGAGGGGCUUUCCAGAACCUGUUCCAGAGUGUGCGCGAAGUGAUCCAGACCCCGGGCUCCCGGCACCCUGAGGCCGUGAGUGCAGCACCUCCAGGCGCCCAGUUGCAGCAGCAGCAGACCAGUCCCCGGCAGCAGCAGCAGCAGGGCGAGGAUGGAUCUCCCCAAGCCCAGAGCAGAGGCCCUCCAAGCUACCUGGCCCUGGAGGAGGAACAACAGCCUUCACAACAGCAGUCAGCCCUGGCGGGCCACCCCGAGAGCAGCUGCAUCCCGGAGCCUGGAGUCCCCUCAGCUGCAGGCAAGGGGCUGCAGAGGCAGCCGCCAGCACCUACAGAGGAGGAUGACUCAGCUGCCCCAUCCACGUUGUCCCUGCUGGGCCCCACUUUCCCGUGCUUAAGCAGCUGCUCCGCCGAUCUUAAAGACAUCCUGAGUGAGGCCGGCACCAUGCAACUCCUUCAGCAGCAGCAGCAGCAGCAGCAGCAGCAGCAGCAGCAGCAGGAGGUGGUAUCUGAAGGCAGCAGCAGUGGGAGAGCCAGGGAAGCCGCUGGGGCUCCAACCUCCUCCAAGGACAGUUACCUAGGGGACAGUUCUACCAUCUCGGACAGCGCCAAGGAGUUGUGUAAGGCAGUGUCGGUAUCCAUGGGCUUGGGUGUGGAGGCAUUGGAGCAUCUGAGUCCUGGGGAACAGCUUCGAGGGGAUUGCAUGUAUGCUUCUCUCCUGGGAGGUCCACCCUCUGUGCGUCCCACUCCUUGCGCCCAGCUGGCAGAAUGCAAAGGUUCUCUGCUGGAUGACUGCCCAGGCAAGGGCACUGAAGAGACUUCUGAGUAUUCCCCAUUCAAGGCAGUUUACCCCAAAGGGCUGGAAGGCGAGAAUCUGGGCUGUUCUGGCAGCGGUGAAACGGGAGUCUCUGGAACACUUGAGCUACCAUCCACCCUGUCUCUCUACAAGUCUGGAGCACUGGAAGAAGCAACGACUUAUCAGAGUCGCGAAUACUACAACUUUCCAAUAGCCCUGGCCGGACCUCCGCCUCCUCUGCCUGCUCCCCAUACUCAAGCCCGCAUCAAGCUGGAGAACUCGCUGGACUAUGGCAGUGCCUGGGCAGCCGCAGCAGCGGCACAGUGCCGCUAUGGGGACCUGGCGAGCCUGCACGGCGGGGGUGCAGCGGGAUCCAGCUCAGGCUCACCCUCAGCCGCUACCUCCUCUUCCUGGCACACUCUCUUCACAGCGGAUGAAAGCCAGUUGUAUGGGCCCUGUGGCGGAGGUGGUGGCGGCAGCACAGGCGAGGCAGGGGCUGUAGCCCCCUAUGGCUACUCUCGGCCACCUCAGGGGCUAUCCGGCCAGGAAGGCGAAUUCCCCCCAUCUGAUGCGUGGUAUCCUGGAGGCAUGGUGAGCAGAGUUCCCUAUUCAAGUCCUAGUUGUGUCAAAAGCGAGAUGAACCCCUGGAUGGAGAGCUACUCUGGAUCUUAUGGGGACAUGCGUUUGGAGACUGCCAGGGAACAUGUUCUGCCCAUCGACUAUUACUUUCCACCCCAGAAGACCUGUUUGAUCUGUGGGGAUGAAGCUUCUGGCUGUCAUUAUGGAGCUCUCACUUGUGGAAGCUGCAAAGUCUUCUUUAAAAGAGCUGCUGAAGGGAAACAGAAGUACCUUUGUGCCAGCAGAAAUGAUUGCACCAUCGAUAAAUUCCGAAGAAAAAAUUGUCCAUCUUGUCGUCUCCGGAAAUGCUAUGAAGCAGGGAUGACUCUGGGAGCUCGGAAGCUGAAGAAACUUGGUAAUCUGAAACUGCAGGAGGAAGGGGAGGUUUCCAGCGCCACCAGCCCAACUGAGGAGCCAACCCAGAAGCUGGCAGUGUCACACAUUGAAGGCUAUGAGUGUCAGCCUAUCUUUCUGAAUGUCCUGGAAGCCAUUGAACCAGGCGUGGUGUGUGCUGGACAUGACAACAAUCAGCCUGAUUCCUUUGCAGCCUUGCUCUCUAGCCUCAAUGAACUGGGUGAAAGACAGCUUGUACAUGUGGUCAAGUGGGCCAAGGCCUUGCCUGGCUUCCGAAACUUGCAUGUGGACGACCAGAUGGCAGUCAUUCAGUACUCAUGGAUGGGGCUUAUGGUGUUUGCCAUGGGCUGGCGGUCCUUCACCAAUGUCAACUCCAGGAUGCUCUACUUUGCCCCUGACCUGGUUUUCAAUGAGUACCGCAUGCAUAAGUCCCGGAUGUACAGCCAGUGUGUCCGAAUGAGGCACCUCUCUCAAGAAUUUGGAUGGCUCCAAAUCACCCCCCAGGAAUUCCUGUGCAUGAAGGCACUGCUGCUCUUCAGCAUUAUUCCAGUGGAUGGGCUGAAAAAUCAAAAAUUCUUUGAUGAACUUCGAAUGAACUACAUCAAGGAACUUGAUCGUAUCAUUGCAUGCAAGAGAAAAAAUCCCACAUCCUGCUCAAGGCGCUUCUACCAGCUCACCAAGCUCCUGGACUCUGUGCAGCCUAUUGCACGAGAGCUGCACCAGUUCACUUUUGACCUGCUAAUCAAGUCACACAUGGUGAGCGUGGACUUUCCAGAAAUGAUGGCAGAGAUCAUCUCUGUGCAAGUACCCAAGAUCCUUUCUGGAAAAGUCAAGCCCAUCUAUUUCCACACUCAAUGAAGCUUUGGAAGCCCCCAUUUCCUUACCCCACCUCACUCCCCUUUUCAGAUAUCUCCUGCCUGUUAUAACUCUGCACUAUUUCUCUUCUGUGCCUUGGGGAAUUUCCUCUAUUGAUGUGUAGUCUGUCGAGAAGAUGUCCCUGAAUCCUGUUUGCCAGACUUUUUUCUAUUUUCCUUCUUUCUUCCCCCCCACCACCUCCCCAUUUGACCCUCCCAUGGCACUUUCAGACUCUGCUCUCUGCAAUGAAUGUCUCUUAUCUGUGUUUUGAAUGGUGUUAUAUUUCUUUAAAUCUGUGAUGAUCCUCAUGUGGACCAGUGUCAAGUUGUGCUUGUUUAUAGCAGUGUGCUGUGUGCCAGCCACACAAAUGUUUACUCACUUAGUGCCACGGGAAGUUUACGGAGCUAAGAGUAUCUGGGAAAACCAAAAGUCAAACAAACAAACAAACAAACAAACAAACAAACAAACAAAAACCAAAAUAAACUUGCUAGGAUAUUUUUUCCUUUCAAAAAUAUAAAAACAAACAAAUCCCCAAAGACACUAACAGUGACUAGAAUAAGGUGAGCAUUACAAGACCAUGGGGAGUCGUUGUUAUUUUUCAAAACCCUCCCUCCCAGAGUUUCUGGAAAAGGCUUUUUCCAUUAGAGGGCAGGAUGGCCCCAGAACUGAGUUGGGGGAGGGGAGAGACAGAUUUAAGACAGGACAAAGAGGACAGCUAAAUCACCAAUAUCUGCUCACAGUCUUGGUCCCUGAGGUCUAGACUGCUCAACUGCAGUGCAAUUCAUUGUACUGAAAGUGUUCUUAUUUAAAAACUUGUCUGCAUGUGAAUGCCUCCCCCACUCCAAUCUCUUUCUCUCACCCUCUGCCUCAAUGCUCAAAUUGACUUUCAAUAGCUUUUCUAAGAACUUUGAACAAAUGUUCUCUUUAGCCAAAACUUGGCCACUUCCACUAAAGAGUAAGACCAGCAAGAAAGAGAAGAGAUCUGACUUUUUGGAAGGCCCCAUUCAGAUCCAGGUCUGCUUUCCCAUUUAUGGGCCAAGGAGGAACUUGGGGCUGGAGUUAGAGGAAAAGAAAGUGGUGGUUUGGCUCUUCUCCAUUUAGGACAUUGAAGAAUUGAUCCCUCCUUGCCCCCACCUUUAAAAGACCUGAAUGCUUUUAGCCUGAUUCCAUGCUGAAGGUUCCUCUGCCCUCCUUCAGUGUUUUGUGGGCUUGAAUUUCACCAAAAACGGUGAAAUUUUCCCACUUCUCUAGACAUGUUCACAGACUCUUUGCUAAGAGCCCCCGUCACAAAGAAGGCUAAUAAGCAGCAGAUUUAACAUUUAUUUCUAAAUGCAGUAGACUCAAAGACAUCUUACCAAGUAUCUCUCAUCAACUACCAGAUCUUCUCUUCAUCCCUUAGACAAACUGGAAAGAAGGCAUCAAUAGAUUGGACAAGCUUGGCGACUUGCUUUUGUCCCCCAGAGAUGGUACCUUCCUACCAAGUGGAGAAGUGCCCACUUUCUCCUUCAGUGCAGCUAAAGGGGCAACCCAUAUUGGGGUUAAAGAGAAAAUUCAUUCAGUUACCAGGCUGGGAAGAGUGGGGCACUAGAAGCAGAAACCCUGUAAAUGCUCUCCUUGCCACUCAGCAUAUUCACCUGCAGAAGUCAUGUGAAGAAGAGAGAAGAAAGCAAGAGGAGACUGACUAUUAAAUUAAGAGGCAAAGUUUAAAGCCAGAUGGGUACCAUCUGGUGAAUUUACUCCUCUUCCUCCUCUGCUGCUGAUUAUGUGCUCUGACUUUGACCAUACUCAGUCAGACUCCCCACCUAUGUUGCUGCCUGUCAGUCAGAGGGAAGCUGAAACAUUGAGACGACAGGACCAUGGCCUCUUUGCAAAGUUCUGGUUGGUGUGGCUCCAAUGGGCUGCCACCCAUGAACUCAGGGUGUGUUCCUGGGACACUGGUUUCAUAUAGACAUUUGGCACACCUCUAUUCUGUUGACUUUGUUCCCUAAUCCCAAGUGAAGAGGGAAUGCCCAACUACUUUCUCAUCUUGGCCACGGCCUCCUCACUUAGCUCUUUAAUUCAUCUGCUAAACUCAAGGAAUUAGAAGCCAGUCAACAAGAUGCCCAUUUCAGUUGGUUCACUUUACUUGUUGAGAAGAUAGUUUCUGAGUGAUCUGAUAUGAUCUACAUGGGUUUCCUCCCCUGAUUUCUGUGUUGAUAUUAAUAGCCAAAAGAACUUGUAAAAACAGUUUCUUUAAAUAACAAGGGAGAGAGGAACCUAAGAUGGGUGAUAUACCAAUCCAAGACUGCUGGAUAAAACUAAUACUGGCAGGUUGUCUUUCUGGCGUAAGAUAGACAAAUUCUGGUUUUCUUUGUUAUUACACCAUUUGGCUUAUAUAAGCUCACAGGAUCACUUUUUGCUAUUUUAAACAGGAAAAAAAAAUACACCACUCUUUUCAGUUAAACUAGAUUACAUUUUAAUAAUUUCUUUACAUCUGUUUUGAAAUGAUCUUCACUUUUUGUGGUACAUGGAUUUGAUAUUAUCAUUCUAAUACCUCUUCUUGUAAAGACUAGAGUCUCUCCUUUCCAUUUCCUGAUUAUCAAAUUUUUCAUCAUUAGAGAUUUCUCAAUUGUGACUCUUGUCCUUAUGAAUAUGUAUGUUUUCACUUGUGAAAACCAAAAAUCAGUGUAAUUAAAAUCAGCAACAACUGGAUUACUCCAAAUUUCAGGAUGGCAAGAAUAGGGAAAACAGCCUACACAAGGCUUUAGGCCUACUGCUUUUGCACUGGGGAGUCUAUGAGAAAAAGUAUUUUAGCUUGGCUUUGUUCUCUCACAGAUGAAAGGGGGAUUUAUUCUUUCUUUUGGUCAUUGAUGUUUCAGCCAAGGUAAUUGGCAGAAGUCUCAUUUUGCAUGCACUCUACAAACAGUGUUGAUGUGGUUGGUACACUGUGCUCACCUGUGAAAGAUUGGCCAAUAAGAUCCAAUCACCUGGUGAGCUGGAAGAUGAAGUUCACUCAUCAGACAAGUCACUAUCUCCAAAGAGGCUAUUUCUAAAGAGGUUUGCAGUGUUCAAUGGGGAUGGAGAGUGAGGAAGAGAAAAGAAAAGGGAGCACCAUAGGAGAAGGUCUUGUCUGUGUGAGCAGCAGACCGUUGCCAGGGUCACAAACUCUGUGGUCAAAUAAAAGAAUUCUGUGGCAAUUUCAACUUUUGUUCAUUGGGCAGUUUGCCCAGGCUUAGUGUCUGAGCUGAAAUGAGGGUUGGAUUCUACAUUCCAUUGAUUUUCUAUGCCACAAACAGUGUCAUCAUUCUUGGAAAGCUCAUUUUUUUUUAAUGAGAAAUAUAUUUUAAAGGAUUCUGUCAUAUCUUUGAAAAAGAAAAUCAGUAAUACAUAUAUAUUUUAUAUAUGUUCACUGGCACUAAAAAAGAAAAAAAGUUUCCUUCCAUCCCUCUGUCCUUUAAGUAGUUCAGGUUUGAGAAAUAAUGUGUUGAUGCUAAAGUUCCUCUCUGUUCAUCCUUUAUUUCUAAAUGUACAUAUGCAUAUAUAGCAAGAAUAAUUCUGUUUGUACUUUAAGAGAAAGUAGUUCUACCAUCCACAUGAUGCUACCAAUUACACAAAUCACCUAACUUUGAGCUUCAAGUAGCUCCUGUUUGUUUCAUUAGCGCAGCACAGACAUGGCCUUGACCUCUUUUCUCCCUUGAUAUUUAGCAGAGUACAAAAGCCCAAGCCACUGCCUUUAACCCCUUCCCAACCUUGUUCCAGGGUUUCGCCUUAUAAUAUUUUUUCCAGACAACUCAGUAACUAUGCCUGCAUGUUUCCUGCAUGGCCAUGAGAAAACAAGUGGCUGACUACUAAUUAUCCUGUGCCAGUUGCCCAAAUGAAAGGUCACUGAGCCAAGGAAAUGGCCUUCAUGCUCAACCCCCUAUAGGGAGUCAUGAGAAUCAGGAAUGCUAAAGCACAGGAUUAAAUCCCAAAGUUAAAGUCAAAAUAAGCCAUUUUGCAUGUGCAAUUUCUUUUAUAGAUAGUUAUGUUCUCAUUGCUGCCUUUUAUAGGCAGUUCUGUUCUCAUCGCUAAUCUCUUUGAAAAUCUUUGAAAGAUGUUUUUAAAAAGACAAAGAGUUGAGAGCAUCACAUUAUGUAACCAAAGAUUACACUGUAUCUGCUAAGAUACCAAAAUUUUUAAGGGCAGGGAGGGAGUAAACAUUGGUGCCUCUUUGGUAAGCUAUCCAAAGACAGACUAAAGGACUGACUUAUAAGAGUUCUGUGGGUUUCCCCCACACACAAUAUACAUGUUUAGAAGAGUAGAAGAUAAUUUUGAAAAAAAAUAAUUGGGAUUAUGGGUUCUUAACUAAGAGAUUUUAUAAGGAGAACUAGCUUUCUUUUUCUCCGCUAGUUGUUCAGCAAUUUUUUAAAGGUCCAUAAUUGCAUGGUUGGAAAUGGAGCAGUAUUGGCCAUUCUGUUUGCUAGUGCCCAUGGUAGUUUAUCUGGAGAUGUGAAUCCUUGCUGAUAAAGAGAGCAUUUAAAGGAAUAGAUUUUGCACUAGAGGGACAGCAGGCAGGAAUCCUCAUUUCUACCCACUUUGGAAGACACAAAAAAGUUCCCUUCAGUUCAGAUGUGGCCAUAUCUGUUGUUCAGUUUAAGGCAAAAGGUUGAAAUAUAUUGUACAUGAGUAUUUGUAUCCAUGUUUCAAAAUUGAAUUAUAAACAUAGAUAUAAUGUGUUUUGAUAGCUUUACCUUUCUCUGCUCUUUUAUAUUUGGUUCCAGGUCACAAUUAAUACCAUGUACUUGUGAGAGAGGCUGCAGUUCCAUUUUGGAAGCUCUAUAAAAACAUAAAAGUCACCUGGGUUGAUCAGAUAACUAAGAGAUCACUGCCCCUGUUGGGGCCUGAUUCCCAGGCCUUGCAAAGGAGCAGAGGUGGGGAAGUGGUAUGGUACAUGAUAUACUGCACUUUACUAGCCCAAGACUGAUGAAUGUUUAAAGGGUGGUGAAAACUCAUUGGAACUGACUGGGGAAGGCCCAGACUUGGGGCCAAAAGUCCAUUAAAAUGAUUAGUCAGUGGCCCCCUAAUGGGACCUAAGCAUUUGGAAGGAGGAAAGACAUUCUUUGUUUUUCACCAUCCUUGUGAAAAAAGGGCAAUUUACUGCACUUGGGAACCUGGAGCAAGUGCUCUGUCUUUCACAUAAUUUACUCACCUGUAAUUGAGGUGCUCUUGCUACUGGGUGUCUGUGUACUUUAAUAAUGGUUUUGGAUAUGUUCUGUAAAGAUUUUGACAAUGGAAAUGUGUUUUUAUCUGUUAAAAAAUUGUCAAUGUAAUAUAAGUUAUAUCUCUGUAGGUACUGGUCUGUCUCUGCCCAUAGGUAAGGAUAUUUUUCUUCAAUUAAGAGAUUGACACUGGGGUCUAUUGCUCAAAGCCUCCCAACUCUUAACCAUUUCUAGGUGAAGGCAGAAAAAAUCACGUUAUUCACCCCUCUUCAGACACUUCUGUUGAGGCAACAAAACACUUGCAAUAUUACCACCCACCAAAGUAAAUGGUAAGUAUUUGAAUUUAGCAGGUAGACUCUUAAAGGUAGAACACCCUUUGACUCAGUUUCAAUUUAUGCCCAUUUGGUUUGGCCAGAAAGUCCAUAAUAUGUAUUGAUUGGUUUCCAACCCCAAUUCAGUAUAGCAGGGGUGCUGGUUCCAUUCUGUAUCCCACUUGUCUCUCAGCCUCUUAUGGAAUUAAAUUAAAAGCUAUGGAUUAAGUGGCCCUUGUGGCUUAAAAUAGUUCCCACAUGCACUACUUAACAAGACUGUCAUAUAGCUGCAGAUUCCAUUGGCCACCAAAGACUGGAACACACACACAUACCCCAAAGAAAAGAAAAUUAUGAUAUGUUGCUGCUUCUCUGGUGGUGCCAUCUCUGACUGAUGCUUCAUAUUUUUGGACUAUGUUUCCUGCGCAGCAGAAAAGGCAAGCCUGCAGUCUUUUCCAACCUUGGUCCUUGGUGCUCACUCUAUGGCAAUGAAGUGCCUGUGGGGUUGGCCUAUCCCAAAAGCCAUUCAGGUGAUGAGAAUAGUCACCUUUGGGAUGGCUCGAGCUAAAAGAGAGUCCCUUCAGAACUUAGUGACACCCUUCUGCUUUCUCCUAGACUGGAACAUUGGUUAGGGAGUGCCUCAACAUGACAUUCUUGUGCUGUCCUUGAGCUUAAUUUGGCAGCAGGAGGGAGCAGACUAUGUAACCAGAUGUAAGAAUUAAUUUAAAUAUUGAGGGAAAAUAAAGAAAAAGAGAAAGCAUCAUAUAAAGAUUUUUCAAAAGAAACAUUAAUUUUGAUUGAAACUUGUUUUAAUGGGGCUUCAGUUCUCACAGCGGCACUUGGCCUCCACUGGGCAGCAGGACCAGUGCCAACUGCUAGUGUUCUGUUCUCUUUUUGUAAUCGUGGAAUCUUUUGUUGCUCUAAAUAUGAUUAAAAAUGACAGAAAUUCA